AUCUAUCUUCCUCUUCUCCUACACCUUUCUCCAAGCACCUUCUCUGCAACUACGAUGCGCAACAUGGGGAGUGCCGCAUCUUCCAGAGGCAUAGCUGCAAUCGUUGGCGUGGGACCAAAGCUUGGCCGUUCCAUUGCCCGCAAGUUCGCCCAUGAAGGCUACACUGUCGCCAUUCUCUCCCGUGACCUUGGGAGACUAUCGAAAUUUGCAGAUGAGAUCGCAAGAGAAGAGAAAGCCCAAGUAUUUGCGAUUCGCAUUGACUGUUCGGACUCUCGAAGCGUGACAGAGGCAUUCGAAGGGGUUCUCUCACUUGGGUUCGUGGAAGUUCUGGUCUAUAACGCAUACCAACCGGCGUCAUGGCAGCCUACAAGUAUUGUCAACAUUCCAAUCGAUUCCUUCCAGAAAUCCCUUGCUGUCUCCACUGUCGGUGCUUUCCACUGCGCCCAACAGGUUCUUCCGGGCAUGGUGGAGAGAGGAAAAGGAACAAUCCUCUUCACCGGUUGCUCUGCUUCUCUCAAUGGCAUUGCUGGUUUCUCUGAUCUAAGCUGUGGGAAGUUCGCACUGAGGGGAUUAUCGCAAUGCCUGGCGAGAGAAUUCCAACCUAUGGGUAUCCACGUCGCUCAUGUUAUCAUCGACGGCGUCGUCGGUGCUCCUAAAUCAGUAGCGUCAGCGUCAACAUCGCAGAGUUCGUCGGUGGUGCUUGGAGAGCAUCAGCAGCAGCAGCAGCAGCAGCAACAGCAAACCGGAAGAGGAGACGGAUCGAUGGAUCCAGAUGCAUUGGCUCAGACAUACUGGUAUUUGCAUGUCCAGAAUCGAGCCGGUUGGACACUAGAGAUUGAUCUUCGAUCUCCUUACCAGAGAUUUUUCUGAAAUUACAGUUUUUCUUCUUUCUUCUUCUAUAUU